AUGGCACUGUCACCGUCGCUUUCUGAAGUAACAUCUGAGCUGCGAGAGCUUGAGGGCGCGUACCCGGAGUUCUCCAUCAUUAAAAUCAGUGAGCCCAUUGCUUCAAGCUCGGAUACUCUUAAUACCAAUGCAAAUCAAUCGCCAUCGAAGCAGCGCACCUCAGACGUGUCCACCGACGCGUUCGAGAACCCCACGCCGGUAUCCCUAGCCGCUGAUCUAACACAUUACAAGGAGCUUUUUUCUAAACUACGGUUCUCAUACCUUGAGCAAGUUACCAAAGAGAAGUUUUUGCGGGCAAUCGUUGGAGAUCCACCGCUAGUUGUCGGCCAUAGCGAUAAUGUGGAACUUGAGGCACAGCUGGCAGUUGUGAAGGCAGACUUAAAGACACGAAAAAAGGAAGUUUUUGACUUACUCGAGGAAAUGGAGGAGAUGGGAAGAAAUUUGGCCGAAAGAUAUAAAAAAGUUCAACUCCAAACCAUUCAGCUUGCUGAGCUGCCAUCGUCAAUUAGCGAGUUGGAAAACGCCAUCGCCGAAUUACGUUUAUUAUCUACAAAUUCCCUGCAGUCGUCCGAAUCAGGCAAUACAUCUCAAUUUCAAAAUCUUCCUCUACAAGAUACUCUUGCUCUCGUGGCAGAACGUGAGGCUGAGCUUGAAAGCCUAGAGCGCCAGCUUAACUCAAUAGGACCGACCUUGCCGCGAAAAGACCGGGAAGCGGAAGCAUUAGAAAGAGAUGUCAUAUCCCUAGAAAGAAAGCGCAACGAAGUUGUUGCCGAAGCUAGAGAUGCUCAGAGAAGGAGACAGGAGGGAGAAAGUGAUGGCAUAGAAAAUAUGGGGAGAUGGUAUAAAGGCGUCGAGCAAGGAUUAAUGACGUUGGUAGACACAUAG